CCAGCUCAGCGCCUUGAGAAGCAGCAGGAGCAGAGGGUUUCUCUGAGGAUUUCUUGCUUUGCAAGAAGCAAAAGCUGCGCAAACAAAAUCCAGGCCAUUCCUGACUGCAAGCAUGCGGUCGGGGCUGCUCCUGCUCGGGGCCCCCAGCCCUGGCAGGGCGGAGGAGACGCUGGACGCCUAUGUGAGGUCCAUCAGCCAGCUGGCGCAGCCGUGYGCGGUGGGCAGCGAGCCCCCGCGCCCCUGCCGGACUGCCCGCAUCCGGGCCAGAGGGAGCGCGAGCCGGAGUGCUGACCGAAGCCAGCCCGCUGCCACCUCGCUGCAGGACAUCACAGCCCAGUUCAACGGACAGCAGAGCUCCCCGGGGCUCCCCAGCGCUGCUGACCCGCUGGCGUGGCUCUACGGGCUGUCGGACCCCAAGCAGCAGACGAGGAGCCCGGCAGCUCGCCCCACGCAGCCGGGACCCGAGUCAGACCUCCAAGCAGCCCCCGGGCCGUUGGCUGCUGUCCCCAGGCUGGGCCCCCCGUCUGUGCCCGGUCGCUCGCAGCGGUCCCGCAGGCGGGUAGCCCUGCACUGCUCUGUGAUGAGAGGCCGACCAGGCCGGCCCCAGCGCCCGUGCUUGCCUGUGAUUUAUGAGUUGUGAUGGACAUCAAUAAAG